UGUUCCACCCAACAACAAUAUCGCAGAAACGCUGGAGGGACAUCCGUGGCCAUUAGGGGCUAGAUCAGGAGGAGCGGGCCCCACUAACACGUACGCCCAACCUCUGACUAGAAAUCGCCCCAGCAGCCCUAGUCAUUCCAUAAGUUCCGCGACCUCACAAGCGACGAAUUACAAUGCGCAAGAUAUUCGGCGCAUAUCUGAAUUGCUACAGGAACAGAGUGAGAUACUAAAGCAGAGGGAAGCUCUGGUGAUAGAACAACGUGCGUUUUUAGAUCGGAUCGACGCAAUCCGUCUGGAGGAUGACCCCGACGACCAUCCGCCUGCAGUCCCGACACUGUUUAGCCGUAAUGAUAGGUCAACUCAACAAAUACCGCCUACUCUAAAUUUAGGCUGUGUUGCUACACCAAGAGAACGAGCAUCGAACGUAUGCCAUCCGCCUCUUGAAAGUGGUUUUUUGCCUGGACUAUUGAAUCGUCAGCCUCCACUUAGCAAUCCAUCGGCCACUGUAAUGCAGGCAUUACUAAACAAAAUCGAAUCACUGGAACAACAACUGCAAGCGCGGCCAACAGCGAAUAGAGGAUGGCUUCCUCAACAAACAGCUGGUAUGCCAAACCACCAAUCCCCACUAGCGCCCAUAACCAGCACUGCAUAUGGCGUAUCUCCUCACCGACGUCUGACGAGUGACCAACUUGCGUCUCGUAAAUGCCUCCCCAGAGAACUACCGAAAUACAACGGCAAGCCAGCGGAAUGGCCGCUCUUCUAUGCCACUUACAAUCAAACAACCGAGAUCUGUGGAUUUUCCGACGAGGAAAACCUGAUAAGGCUCCGGCAAGCAUUAGAGGGUCCAGCCCGCAACGCGGUUAAGAAUCUGCUACUGCAUUCUUCUUGUGUUCCACAAAUCAUUUCAACGGUGCAAAUGAGAUUCGGGCGUCCCGAACUAAUAAUUAGCGUGCUGCAGCAACAAAUCUGCGAACUACAAACACCAUCGGAAAGUCAACUGGAAACCAUCGUAGACUUUGCUAUCGCUGUGCAAAAUAUAUGCGCAACUAUUAAAGCAUCGGGGCUUGCCAGCCACCUCAGCAACCCUGAAUUGGAGCAAAAACUUGUGUCGAAGCUGCCUGGUUUACUACCAAUGUACUGGGGAGUGCACAAGCAAGGCCUGUCAAACUGCAACCUACAGACUUUCAGUGAUUGGCUCUUUCAUCUGGCACAAGGAGCCAACUGUGUGCUCGUUCCAACUGAGCAAACGAAGGUGCGAAAACGUGGGGCUGUUAACCAUCAUCAUAAAACGGUAAGCUGUAUCGUUUGUAAGGAAAACUGUAGUGCUUUGUCUAAUUGCGACUCUUUCAAGGAAAUGUCUCGUAGCCAAAAAUGGGACACUGUACGCCAGCUUAAAUUGUGCCACCGGUGCUUGAAAAAGCAUUUGUGGUCCGACUGCAAAUCGAAGGGUACAUGUAACGUAAAUGGAUGUACUCGCUACCACCACCCUUUACUGCACAACGAACCUUCGGUUGCCACUAACGAACAAACGUGUAAAGCCAACAAGAAAACCCAGAUGGCUAAUAUCAACGCUCAUAACGUUGGCGAAGAGGGACCACUUUUCCGCGUCCUACCUGUAGUUUUGCACGCGGGUGCUAAUAUUGUGUCGACAUAUGCCUUUAUAGACGACGGCUCCUCUCUCACUCUAAUCGACGAAGAACUGCUACACCAGCUGAAUGUGAAGGGCACACCGCAGCCACUUUGCCUUCGCUGGACAGGCGAUACACACCGCUACGAAGACGAUUCAGUUACCGUCGACCUUGCCAUAUCAUCCAAACAGGGAACUGAAAAAUUUCCUAUGAAAGCAGUACGUUCUGUUAAGAAGCUCGAUUUGCCCACCCAAUCGCUUGACGCGGCGAAACUGCAAUCAAAGUUUAAAUAUUUAAGGGGCUUACCAUUACAGUCGUAUGGCAACGUAAAACCGCAACUUUUAAUUGGGCUAAACAACGCCGCACUUGGCUCUGCCAUAAAAUCCAGAUUAGGUGAUGACUCCGCGCCCAUAGCCGAGAAAACUAAGCUCGGGUGGACAGUUAAAGGUCACGGAUCAAUAGCACUUCAAGGCGCAACUCAAUACGUCUACCACAUAUGUGAUUGCUCUGAGCAUAAGGAACUUCUUCAGGCUGUUAAAUCCCACAUAUGUCUCGAUAAUUUAGGCGUGGUAGCCAAUGCCGCAGCGUUAAUGUCUAAAGACGAUGAGCUUGCCGUAGAACAGCUAGAGCAACACACAGUUCGAGUAGGUGAUCGCUUUCAAACUAGCUUGUUAUGGAAGCAUCCUAAUAUGCAGCUGCCAGACAGCCUGCCUAUGGCACAAUAUCGCGCGAGAUGCUUGCUUAAGAAAAUGCAACGUGACCCCAAACUUUCUGAGCAGCUUCAAGUUAAGAUUGCCGACUAUCUGCGGAAAGGAUAUGCCAGGCGAAUGACAUCCGAGGAUGCUGCCGCUGAUAGAUAUUGGUACUUGCCUGUUUUUGCAGUGAGUAAUGCUAACAAGCCAGGCAAGGUUCGCCUGGUGUGGGACGCAGCUGCUACGGUAAACGGUGUUUCGCUUAACUCUAUGCUCUUCGCCGGCCCUGACCUGACAACGCCACUGCUAUCAGUUUUAUUCAAAUUUCGACAAAAGCGCGUCGGCAUCACUGCCGAUAUAGAAGAGAUGUUCCAUCAG